AGAGAGAAAGAGAGAGAGAGCCAUAAAGACAGACAGAGAGAGAGAGAGAGAGAGAGAGAGAGAGAGAGCCAUAAAGACAGACAGAGAGAGAGAGAGAGAGAGAGACUCACUCCUAUUUCCUGGCUGCAGUUGGGGAUGGUCCACAUCCACUCCACUGCUUCCAUGCAGCCUGAGUAGUGUGCACUAUUGUGUACAGCUGAAAAAAAAAAAGAGGGAGGGAGUGAGGGAAGGAGGGAAAGAGGGAGAAGAAACUCAGCCCUUUGUGUGCUGGAGGUUCAGCUGAGAUAGAGACAGAAAGAUAUUUCUGCUGUUUGUAGCUUCUGAUCUUCACCCACUUCCACCCUGACACACACUUUAAGCACUCACACUCUCACACACACACUCUGGUGCACGGAUGCAGGCGUGGACGACGUGCUCUGGGUUGCGUGAGCGAGUGUGUGCGUCUGAGCGUGUGUGUGUGUGUGUGUGUGUGUGUGUGUUUGUGAUGAGAGCGGACGUCAGAGCGGCCCAUGAAUAUUGAUGUGGAGGACCGUCUCUUUCAUCGAGGACAGAAGGAAGCAAGAUGGCGGCCCUGUAGGACCUGGUUAGGAUCUAGAACGCUUUCACGGCACUCGGAGGGAGCGAGGGGAAAGAAGGAAGCAGAGACGGCAGCCUUGUGAAUGGACUCAGAGCAGGCCAGAUGGAAACAGAACAAGCCAGGCAUGAGACGGAAGAAAGUCUGAUACACACACAGCUUAGUGCCACCCACCAGGUGCCUGCAAAGCUGCAGAAUGGGAACCAGUCACCUGACACUAGCCCUCAGCCACUUAACGGGGAUACCAUUUGGAGCAAUUUCAAGCAAAUGAAACGACACCGGGAUGACUGUUCCAGCCCAGUCACCAUGUAUGAUCAGGGCCUGUAUAAGAUAAAUGGUGAGGUGAAGCACGCACUAAACGAACAGUCAUUAGUGGCCCUUCACCAGCCCAAAAAGCUCUGUGUUAAUUCAGAGACAACUGGUCCAUGGGAAAAGAAAGAGACAGAUAAAGAAGGAUGUUUAGAUACAAUCCCUGAGCUGAGCAAGCCUGUACCAGACACAGGAAACUGUAAUUAUCCCAAUGGGGACAUCUUCUCAUUAUCAAGCAACAAGCAGAUGCCAAUGCCCAAUGGUGCUACAGUAACUCCACCUUCAGUGGAAGGUCCUGCUGGUGACCUCUUAGAGAAAACUCAGUCUCAGUAUUACCCAAACCACGUGUCCAUAACACAAGACACCAGCAAUCUACAUGAGCAGGCCAUCUCUUCACCUUCAGUUACCUCAGGUUUUCCUAUUUCAGCUCAGAUGCCUGCCUCUGAGCCACUUGCCACGACACAAUCAGAAGUGCAUGGCAGCAAUGGCUAUGACCCAGAGUUUAUGGUGAAUGGGUACUCUGGGAAUUUUGGAGCAGAGCAGCAGCAUCAGCCUUACCCUCUCGCUGACCUCCCAGCUUUGGAAAAUCAACCGCAAAGUGAUUUGGGAAAAGGGCCAGGAAUUGCCUCAACAGUGAGCAUCAGUGAUGGUUCACAGUCUCAAAAUGGCAGGGAGUGUUUUGCCAGCAACCCAGUGGGUUUAAGCAUUUUCUCCAAGUCGAGCCAGGAUUUCAGUCAGGAGUCUUACCCCAUGCCAGUACAGGCUGAUGUUGCUGGCACUUUCGGUUCAUUCAAGAACUCAGCCACUGAUCACAAGCCCAGCACUGUUACAGGCCAGCAGCACUUACAAUAUGGGAUGCAACAGAACCAGUCAAAUGUUUCCUGCUCAGCUGAUGGCAGCCCCCAGGGCAAUGGAGUCUCUGCUCCUCCUCCUGUGGAAAUUCAGGCAGCUCCAAUAAAUCAGUGUAAUGAGCUGGAACACAAACCGCCUGUCCCAGACCAGGGAGGUAAUGUGGGGUCUGACACUCAGAUGGGUUGGAUCAAUUUGAACUCUACUCCAACUUCACAGCACCAUGCCAACCAGGCACAUAUGUGGAAGAGUUUCUCUCCAAAUGAGAACACAGCCAGACAGAGCCAGGGUGACCUGCUCAAUCCUGACACCUCACAUAGCUUUCAGAUGCAGCCAGGCUUCCCCCAGCAGCAGGAGGGUCACAUGCAAAACGGCUACAACCUUCCUGCUCAACCUCACCCUAAUGCUGCCACAGAGUGCCAGCCUGGAACACCUAAAAUUCCCUCUGAUAUGCACAGCCAGCCCAACAUGCAGCUCAGCAAUGCCCAGCCCCAACAGCAUGCAAAUGAGCAGUUUUUCCGCCCAGUGCAACAAGAGCAAUUAUGCAAAAAUGAUCAAAACCUUGGACAGGUACUACCUCCUGACUUUGUGCAUCGGCAACCUUCACAGCCCCACCAGCAAUAUGAAGCCCACCAGCAGCAAGCCAGCACCAUCAUGCAUCAUGAUGCACAGGGUCCCAAAAUGGUGCCACAGUUACAGAACCCCUCUCAGGGUCAGGUGAAUUCCCAACUCCCAAACAGACGCACAGUGGAAGGCUACACACAGGCAGAAAUAUCAUCUCCAACAUUCAGGCAACCUAAUCUGACAGGUAAAGUGCAGAAUGGAUCCAAUCCAUCUUCACAACCGACCCUCCCUUUUCCUGAUCAGCCUCGGCCCAACUCGCAGCCUUCACCUAAUGACAUGGCGUCCAUGUUUGGCUUCGGUGGUGCAGCAGAGAUGCAAAAGCAGCCACAGAGACAGUACACUCUAAGUGCCCAACAUUCCCAGCAGAUUGUCAAACACAUGCUGCCCAGAAAUGUGGACUUUCAACACUCACAACACGCACGACUGCAACAUCAGCUACCAGAUGGUACCCACAGUAGACAGAUGCCAGCCCAGAUGUUUCCCAAAGCUGAAUCACAGGACUCCUGUUUCCAAUUCCAGAGAGGACCCCUUUCAAGCCCGGGUUCACAAGGGGACUUCCAGAGGCAUGCAGCCCUGCGAAUGCAUCUCCUACAAAAGCAGGAAAGGCCAAGCUGCCCUCAGAGCCCUGACAUGAUCAGACCUGACCUGAGGCUUGUUAAACGUGAGAAUGACCCAAGAUUUGAGGCCCCAAUCCGAAUGCCACCCCCUCAGAUGCAGCAUCAGAAUCGAGACCUGACUGGAAGCAUGCUAGCAACAGUAAAACAGGAACGGACAUCUUCAACCUGCUCACAGAGCCAAAAUAGGAGCAUCUUGGCCACCAUGGAGCAGCAGUUACAACAAUACCAGCCUUCCCCUGUGUUUGAGAGGAGGUCUCUAGCCAUCAAGUCCCCCAAUAAGGUGAAGGUGGAGAUGGCUGGAAGCGUAGCAGUGAUUUCUACAAAUAUUGAAGGAAGUAGUGAGGACCAGAAACCUCCUGCUUCUACUCCCAAAAAAGAGCCAGGGCUGCAAUGUUUUCUGGAUUCACCCAUGAAAUUGCUGGAUACACCCAUCAAAAAUCUGCUGGAUACACCCAUUAAGACUCAAUACGAGUUUCCUCCAUGUCAUUGUGUUGAGCAAAUCAGUGAAAAGGAUGAAGGCCCAUAUUACACUCAUCUGGGAGCAGCUCCAAAUAUCAAGAGUAUCCGAGAAAUGAUGGAGAAGAGGUCUGGCCUGACUGGCGGUGCUAUUAGGAUUGAGAAAGUGGUGUAUACAGGCAAGGAGGGCAAGAGCACACAGGGUUGCCCCAUUGCUAAAUGGGUAAUACGUCGAGCCAACGAGGAUGAGAAGCUCCUGGUGCUGGUACGAGAGCGAGGCGGUCACUCUUGUGAAACAUCAUGCAUUGUGGUAGUAAUCGUGAUAUGGGAGGGAAUACCAGCGAGCCUGGCCGACCGUCUCUACGUGGAACUUAGUGAUACACUAACGAAGCAUGGCGCCAUGACUAAUCGCAGAUGUGCACUCAAUGAAGAGAGGACAUGUGCAUGUCAGGGUCGAGACCCUGAUGCCUGUGGGGCUUCCUUCUCCUUUGGUUGCUCCUGGAGUAUGUACUACAAUGGCUGCAAGUUUGCCAGGAGUAAAAUCCCAAGGAAAUUCAAAUUGCUUGGUGAUGAUCCCAAAGAGGAAGAGAAACUGGAAAGGAAUCUUCAGGCCCUUGCUAGUUUCAUGGCUCCAGUGUAUAAGAAAAUGGCACCUGAGGCUUAUAGCAACCAGGUGGAGCAUGAACACAGAGCUCCAGACUGCCGCCUGGGCCUCAAAGACGGCCGUCCCUUUUCUGGGGUCACGGCGUGUCUAGACUUCUGUGCCCAUGCCCACAGAGAUCUCCACAACAUGCCUGGAGGUAGUACUGUGGUCUGUACACUAACAAGAGAGGACAAUCGCGAGAUCGGAAAGAUCCCCGACGAUGAGCAACUGCAUGUGCUGCCAUUGUACAAGGCUGCAUCCACUGAUGAGUUUGGUAGUGCUGAGGCCCAGCUGGAAAAAACUAGGACUGGAGCCAUCCAGGUGCUUAGCACGUUCCGGCGGCAGGUCCGUAUGCUAGCAGAGCCAGCCAAGUCCUGCCGACAGAGGAAACUAGAAGGCAAGAAAGGUGGAGCUAACAAACCCUCUCACCUCAGCACACCCAGCUCCAAGGCAGACAGCACCCAGCAAGCAAAGCAACAGAAACAAAGCUCUUGUGACAAUGUGGGCCAGCACACACCUGUAGCAGGUGCACAUCUGACUCACAUGGGUGCACCCCUCCUGCCUGGUCAGAACCCUCUAGCUGCCCAAAACCAGCCUCAACAGCAGAACCAACAGUCACAGCCAAGCACUCCUCUGCCUUUCUCCAGUCCAAUAUCCUCUGCUAACUACGCAAGGUACCCAAACACAGCAGGAUCUUUCCCUAGCACUUCUAAACCCCCUAAUAUGUUUCCUCAGUCUCCCAGCUCAGCCAGUCCUUAUCAUUCCCCUUUACCCGUCCCCAGUUCCUACAUGAAUGGGUCAAAUCCGCCAAGCCCUUACCCUGGGGCACUAGCUCCCAACAACCUCUAUCCAGGUUACCAGUGUAAUGGGAGUAUUCCCAUGGACAACUACCACCCUUACUAUUCCAAUCCAAAGCAUCUGGACGUGUACAGACAACAAAGACCAUCUCUAUACCCUGACCAACAAUUCAACCCUCAGCAGCGCUAUGGCAUGAAUUACCCUCCACGCUAUGGUGAGCCGGGCCUAACCGUCAAUGGAUAUGGCAACUGUAAUAUGAGACCAAACAUGCACCCCAUGGGACACUAUCCAGGAUACAGCUCGAAUGGGGGACCUAAUGCCCAGUUUCUGGAUGCUAUCUCCAGACCGCCUUUAUCUCACCCAAGCCUGGACUAUGCAGCUGCAAAUAAAAGUAUUCAGUUUGGUAGAUACCCUAAUCCCUACUUGGCCCAGAAUCAUCAUUUUUUCCCACAAAAUAUAGACCCCCUAAGUAUGCAAAAGCCAGAGAUGAGCCUCCAUGGGACAAACGGUUUCCCUCAGGUGCUUCCUUCUGUAGGCAGGGAAGGCAUGAACCCUAGCCAACCUCCAGGUAUGAGUCUGCCUAAUGGAAAUAUCCAACCGUCUAUGGUCAAGCAAGAGCAAGGAAUCACAAUGCCUGCACCUCAAGAGGAGGAGGAUGCGUGGUCAGACAAUGAGCACAACUUUCUAGAUCCAGAGAUUGGUGGUGUAGCAGUGGCACCCAGCCAUGGCUCCAUUCUCAUUGAGUGUGCAAAGCGUGAGUUGCAUGCAACCACGCCACUCAAGAAGCCUGAUCGCACCCACCCUACCCGAAUCUCACUGGUUUUCUACCAGCACAAGAACCUGAAUGAGGCGAAGCAUGGGCUAGCGUUAUGGGAGGCCAAGAUGGCGGAAAAAGCACGGGAGAAGGAGGAGGAUGCCGAGAAGCACGGCACAGAUGGGACGCCCAGCAAGAGCGGUGGCAAGAGGGUCAAGAAAGAACAUCCAGAACCUUCAGAGCCUUCAGAGCCACCAUACAAACGUUUUGUCCAGAUGCUCGCUGAAAAGUCACUGUCCUGCACCACCAACACUUAUGUCAGCUCAGCUCCCUAUGCCUUUACUAAGGUCACUGGGCCUUACAGCCACUUCCUGUAGGGAUCUGUUUACAUCAUCCUCAAACAGGGGAACAAAAAAGUGUCGGAAUUGUGAAAUGGUGCUAAAAUAUUGCUUUUCAGACCUCAGUGCCACUGGCUGUAUUAACCCAGAGACCUGUAGAAGCUUCUGUGAGGCAAGCUAAGGCAAAUCCACACUAUGGGAAAAAUGCAAAAUGUACAAUAGAUCAACAAGAGGUAAAAAGGUUAAGCUUUACUGGUUGACCCUCAUUUAAAAAAAGUAUUUAUUUAUUGCAUUGUUACUCGCACUGUUCUUCUACUCUGGUGCUUCACAACAUCUGGAUGUCCAUUACUGGAAAUAUCUUUAAUGGCUUUAAUUUUACAGUUUUUGUAACCUAAAGGUAAAAUCCUGGUGUAAAACACUGAUUUGGUGGCUAAUCAUGUUCACGGUGCUAAGUGAAGAGAGUUUUUAAUAUACACUUUUGGUUUAAAAAAUACUUUAUUAGAACGUUACCUCUCAAGUACUAAGCAAUUACUUUCAAGAUUGGUAGAAAUUACAGGAACUUUUUUGUUAGUGUUUUUAAAGCACUUUUAAUUAUGAGGGUAUGAUAUUUUCACCCUCUGGUAAUUAUUUUCAAGGUUUCAUUCAAUUUUGGAAAUCAAGAAAAUCAUGCAAAAUUAUUAUUAUUAUUAUUUUUUUACAUUUGACAAGAACAUAUUCACCUGGUGCUUUUACGGUUUCACAGUCCACUAUAUGUGUUUUAUAUUUACUGUACAUUGAGCCGUUGUCAACAUGAAUUUUCAUAACCGUGAAUUUUUUUAAAGACAAAGCACAGGAAUUGGCGAAAGAAUCCUGCUACGCAAAUGUCCGCUACGAGUUUUAGAAACUUUGGGUUUGGGAUUUUUUUUUUUUUUUUUUUUACAGUUUCAUCAUGUCCUUAUUGAACAGGGUUAGCGCCACCUUUUGGUCAUUUUCAGUUUCUAAGGCAGCUGGCUUGCUGUAAAGGGGAUCCUUUAAUAACUGUAAUCUAGAUGUAUCAUAAAAAAGGUGAGAUUUGUACAGUAAAUUAAUUCCUCUCUUUUUUCUAAAAUGAUUUUAGAUUUUAGUACUGUAAAAGAGAGUAAAAUUUCUUGUGGGUUAUUCGUAAAAUGGUGCUACUUAUAGACCUGCUAUAAACGUAUAAUGUGAGAAUCUCUAUGGGUGGUGAGAAGGUUUAUGAAUGAUGUACAGAACCUAUUUGUCAUAUACCUCAAAACAUUUUUGGCAAUAGGAUUACUAUACCAAGGUGUCUUCACUUUCUUUUUCCCAUUUUUUUUUCUUUCUGUAUUUGAAACUACGAAUUUCACAAACUUUUAGGUCAGCGCAACACUUUGCUCACUUACUUUCAUCACACUUGAUUUACUAGAAAGUGUUACUUGAACUUCAAGCUUCAAAUUUCUAUAUAAAAAUAAGAAAAUCAGGGAUAUUUCAGCUAAUUUCUCACAUCAUCUGUGUCGUCUCUCGUUCAGGGAUUGAUUUUUGCAUCUUGAAUCCCUUGUAUAUAGUUCAAACACAAAAAAACUAACUUUUUAAAAAAACAUAAAUACUGAAUUUGAAUUUUUUGUACUUAUGUUUUAGUGGAUUGUUUUUAGAAGUACAAUAAUAUGCACUGAGUUGACUAAAGGGAAAGUAUGGCUUUGUCAAAUACGCUUUUUUUCCUGAAAUUCACAGUAAAAAAUUCAGACGCACAUCCUUGGUGCAUGUGUAUAGGUAAAAAGCUUAUAAAUUUAUUUAUAACCACUAAACAUUUAUUUUAAUGCAUUUUAUCUCCCUCUCUCCAAGUUAAAUGUGACCAGGGCAAGAAUCAUUUUCUGAAAGCACUUCAAUUAUUUUUCAGAAAAUUAUGAAUUCAAAUCAUUUAUUUAAAUGAAAAAAAAAACAAGGUUACUGUAAUAAAAUUAACCGAGUUGUAUGUACAAUGUGUCUUCAAUGCAAAAAGCACAAAUGCUUUUUGAAUUAUUGUUUAUUUUAAACCCAGCUACUUUUCAUAAAGGUUUAAGUAACCUGUAGCAGCAGGCAGGUUUAACCCUUUCAGCCACAGAUACAGAAUUUAACUGUAAAGGAAUUUAUUUAAUAACACAACCUGAGAGAAAGUGUUUUCUCAGAGACUGUGGAAAUGAUCAUAAAUACAAAUGUUAAAAAUAGUAAUAGUCAGAGUGCGAUGAGCUGCGUUCAGCUAAUAAAUUUACAUAAAUACACACGAUUGGCCACAGCGGAGCAUCUGAUACAGAAGCUGCACUAGUUCAUGUUUUUAAAAUGAGUGUCGCUGAACUACAGCUAUUUUUUUUUUUUUAAAUACAUUUAUCAGCAUUUUUUUUCAAGCACUUGGUUCGAUCCACUGAAAUGUUUGACGACGCUUGCCUUACAGUCGGGUCCAAAAGUCUGAGUCCGCUGGGAUUUUUUUAUUUAAAACUGGAUAUAAAGAGAAAUUUCUUGAAAAAAAAAUUUAAAACAAAAAAGUAAAUGUUCAACAUCUUGAAUAUAAUAUUUAACAUUCUGCACUAUUUCUAGCUCCCUAUUUAAAUGUAAGCACAUGCGUGAUAUUGAGCAGGUUAACUGCUUUGUACAGAAGGUCAGAUUUUCCUCACGUCUAAUCUCUUCUACUGAAGCAUGAGAUCGGACGACACUCUGAUGGAUCUGAUCUAAAAUGGAGUCCGUGCCAGCUCGAGUCACACUGUCGUUAAAGCAAAAAGGGUUCGUCCCCGUUCGUAAAUACUAAGAAUCUCUGAAAUUCAUGUAAAUAUUUCAAAGAUUCGACUUUUCACUCAAGUUGUAGCUGAUUAUAUCAUUUGUAAUGAAAUGUUUUGUUAGAAAAUAAUGCAAAAUAAAAGUAUUUUCACGCGGGCUCUCAGACUUUUGGACCCCGCUGUGUUUGGACGUUUCAUCGCAAUCAUUACGCGUUGUUUGUUUUAGGAAAAUUUGGUAACAGUAAUUCUGUAUAUUCUAUGUAUACAAUUAUUUUUGCAUUGUUAUUUUAAUUCCCAUUCUGUUAUUUUAUCUAAUUUUAUCUGCAAUACAAAUGAGAUGUGAAUGAGCUCAAAAACCAAACCCGUAUUUCAUAAAGUGUUCCUGGUUUAAGAAACGUAAACGUGGCUGAAAGGGUUAAACGUCACGCAGAUCUCACACCCGGUCUUAUAUCACAAUAACGGUCUACGCUUUCACGGUUAAUAAACGAUAUAAGGAUAUAACGCUCCCUACUCCUGAGUGGAUGAGAUGUAGAGGUAGUCUCCAUGGUAACGAUACAGUGUGUUGAAUAUUUCACUCAACACACUAUUCAUUGCAGGGUUCUGCAUAGAACCUUGACGGACAAACAGAAGAACCUUUUCUGAGUCUGAAAGAGGAAUCUGCAGCACCCGAUUUCUCUGCAGAUGAACGAAUAGUUUUGUAAAUAAAUAUUAGAUUUUUUUAGUGUACAGAAUCCAGCCUGAUUAGCAGGUUAAUAGGAGAGAAGAAUGAAAUGAGAAAAUGAUAAAAUGUUAAUUAGGUGAUUGAUUAGCGGGUGAAAAGCAUAGCCAUACUUGAAGACAUACUUGUUUUGUUUUGCGUGGAGUCAACUUUACUUGAAGGACUUUCAGACUUUCUGGUUUGCGGAGUGCGCGCUACGCUAGCAUGUGUUGGUGUUUUUUUUUGUUUUUUUUUAAAUGUAGACACUAAAUGGGUUAAUUUUUUAAAAAUUUCUGUCUCUGUCCUGUUUCUUUGUUUCCUAAAAGUUUGGUAUGCUUCAAAAUUAAGGAUGGAUAUGAAUACUGUAAGUAUUGUAAUGUACUGAAGUACUGAAUGCAGUUUAUUUGAAAGCUGUUUAUUAUAUCAUUCCUGAUAUUGCCGAGAUGUGGGUGUUUUUAAUAAAAUUUAUAUUUAUUUCAUGCAUUUCAAA